CUUAGCUUUAUGAGUCAUUCAUAAUUUUCACAAGAAGGAACACGUCUUGACACGUCGCAAUUAGCAGUAGCAAUUUGUUUUACGACAAAUAACAACAUCUCUUCAGGGUGGUUGUAGCUGACUUAUUUGUUACGAAUCAGCAAUGUCAAACAAAACAUCCAAUGUUAUCAAGGCGGGAGAAGGUUUCACUAUUGAUCAAAUCCUGAAUAGUGAUGGUUUUACCUUGGAUACAGGUGACUUUGCAGAUCUUAUUGACGAAGAGGAUGACUUUGACUUCAAAAAGACUACUCAACUGAGCAAUGAAGAAAUUUUAAAAUUUUUGAGCCUGCAAGAUGACUCUGAUGAAAAAGAGGUCAAUGAAAAUGAACAUAUUCCAUUUGUUGGAAUAGCAUUUGAUACCCUAAAGCCCAAGAUGAAAAGCAUUUAUGGCAAUGGAGAGAUUUUGAAAUUGAUCAAAACAGAAGGUCAUGGUGAAACUAUUCCCAAAGAUGCUCAAGUUACAGUCGAAUAUGUUGGCUAUUUUGAACAUCAGGAUGAACCCUUUGAUUCAACGUUCUACAUGCGAGACAAAAAAGCAAUUCUUCGUUUGGGACGAGGUCAAGUUUUACAAGGCCUUGAAAUCGCCAUAUGCUCAAUGAAAAAAUUUGAAAAAGCCCUUUUCAUUAUUCAGCCUAGCUUAGCUUAUGGUGAAUUAGGAUGCUUGCCUCGAGUACCACCUAAUGCCGAAGUCUUGUUUAAAAUUGACCUCAUUGAUUUCUUGGACAAUGGUCAAGCUGAUAUGUACGAUGAAUUGAGCAAUGAGGAAAAAAAAAGAUUUCCCGUCGUUGAAAAAAUCAUAAGAGAUUUGAUGACUACUGCUGCAGAUACUUUUAAGCGCCAGAAAACAAAACAAGCUAUAAGAGAGUACAUGAGAGCUGUAAACUACUUGGAGUCAGCACGUCUAGAAAAUGACGAGGAAGAGCGAGAAAUGAACAGAUUGUUAACCAGAGCAUUAACAAAUUUAACAGUCUGCUACAAUAAGGUUUCAAAGCCAAAACUUGCUUGUGCCAUGUUUCAGAAACUACCUGUUAAAAAUGAUGGAAAAGCAUAUUUCCAGUAUGGGAAAGCUCUGUCGCAGUUGGGAGAUUAUGACGAAGCAAUGAAAGCAUUGCAGAAAGCUCACAACUUAUGCCCUUCAUCUGCAGACGUACUCAGAGAAAUUAGAGUGGUGGAAGAAAACAGGCAAAAGUACUUGGAUUACUCGAAACGUUUUGCUCAAAAUUCUUUAAAACUCAAACCAAGCAGUGAAACCGAUGAGUUUGAGCAAGUUGCUAUUGAAAUGUGCGAUUCUUUCAUUAAUGAUGAAAAUCUUAUGAAGCAACAAAUUCCACAUGGUCUAUCUAGCCAAGAACAGGAUUGUAUUCGUCGAGUAGCCGCUUUGCGCGGCUUAACAAUAACCAAAUUGAAUAGAUACAAUGAUGAAACUCUGUACCUUGCCAAAAAAAGUAUUUAUUCCCGAGAAAGGUUAUAAUGAUGUAUGAAUAAUUAACCAUAACAAUAUAUUUUAUUACUGUUACUUAAAUUUUUCAACCAACCAAUGAAAAGAUUUACAGUAUUGUCAAUAAGAUAUCAUAAGUAGCUGUGUAAAGAUUUAUAAUGUUGUACAGAGAAUUCCAUUGAA